UGGAGGGUUAAAUAACCUGAGCGUGCUGAAAUAAUCGAUCCAGUAUCAUGCCAAUUGUAUGGACUGAAAGUCAAACUUUGAAAUUAGUGAUUCUUUAUAGUCGACACGAAUGUCUGAGGAAUCCGUUUCACCCUGACUUUACAAAUAAACUUUGUCGCUACAAAGCAUACAAGGACAUUGUCGAUUCCAUAAAUGUCUGUAAUUUAACAGUGUGUGAUUGUAUUAAAAAGAUUACCCAGUUAAAGGCGCAGUACUGUUACGAAUUAUCUAAAAUUAGUGCAGCGAUAUCUUGUGAAAAAGUUUAUAAACCAAAAGCAAGUUGGUUUCCAAUAAUGCAUGAAAUACUUUUUCCAAUUAUUAAAACGUAUAGUUACAGGGAUGAUUCCUGGAAGGUAUGCAUCGAUAAAAGAGACGCGCUGAAAGACUAUCGCAGUAGUGAAGUGAAGGAUCAGUUACUAAAUUCAAAUACGGUAGAAAUAAAAAGAAUACCAAGGUGUUGCAAUUGUUUUCAUACAAAUUGUGGUUGCACCGAACUUGAAAAGGCAAAACCUCGGAUAAGUCUCAAGAAAUACUGGACAGAAGCGGAAUGUGAUAAAGGAAUAAGGUCACAAGUAACUAGAAUCAGUACUGGAUGUAACGCACAGAAAUGUAUUACUGUAGAAAGUGAAAUACAAACAGACCUCUCUUUCUUCAAAACUGAAUGCAAAACAUGUCAAAUCUAUCCGACCGAUGGUACAUCAAUUAAAAGUGAUUUGAAGGACGGUUACCGUGUAGAUAACACAACAAUGGACGAGUUCGACAUGUUUGGGAAGAGCAUAGCAUUUCAAUUGCGAAAUAUACAUUUCGAAGCCGCGAUUAAGUUGGAGAAACGUAUACAGAACUUAGUCGUCCAAGAACGUCUAAAUAAUAUAAAUUCGAAACACAUGUCCCACAGUUUUUAUUUGGAUUGUUCUAGUACUAGCUGUAGCGAGUGUAAAGUUCUGCGCAAGGAAAUGGUUUGUAGUUGCGGACUACCGGUGAUCAAGAUACGGACCGACGCGUCUUGUGAAUUUUCCAAACAACAGACACACAAGGAUGAUUUUAUCUAA